AUGCUCCGGACUCUUGUUGAGGGCGGCGAUGUUGUCGACUCUGACGAGGAGGCCGAGGACGACGAUGCCGAGGACGACGAUGACGCCGAGGGUGCCGACGACGCCGAGGACGACGAGCCCGAGGACGAGGCCCCCGUUACCGGCACGAAGCGCAAGGCCGACGACGCCGACGCAGAGGCCAACGAGGACGAGGACGAGCCGCCCAAGAAGAAGGUCGACGUCAACGGCGACGCCGAGGCGCCCGCUGCCGUCGAGGCCGCGGCCUGA